GGAUAAAGCAAAUUUUGCUCGUUCUCAAGCAUUCUCGAGGCACAAAUUCAGGACCCUUCGAGAACAACGGCAUUAUAGAGUUGACCGCUUCGCCAUCUGCUUACGUCGUUUCUACGAAUGAACUUACCAUCUCAAAAUUUAGACGAAGUAUUCAUUCUACAGUUUUCUAGACGGUAGCGCUAUUUUGUAUUGUUUGACACGCAAAUACACCGCACGUGCGAGUGUUAAGUAUUUGUUAUACACGAGUUAAACAAUUCAAUCACGGAGCUGAGGGCAACGUCCUUUCGUGUGAAACGAAGCUUUCUCAGAUAAAGGUGUUCCAAAGAUGUUCAAUCAAACCGGAGGACUAAGAAGCGGCACUACAACAUCAUCAAAUCCAAUGCAAGAUUUUGAGGUUGUUUCACCUCCAGACGAUUCUGUCUCCAGUCUUGCGUUUAGUCCUGCCUCGAUUCCACAAAAUUUUCUCGUUGCUGGCUCGUGGGAUUGCAAUGUCCGCUGUUGGGAGGUCGAACAAUCUGGAAAAACAGUUCCGAAGUCGAUGCAAUCUAUGGCAGCUCCCGUGCUAGAUGUUUGUUGGAGCGAUGAUGGAACAAAAGUGUUUAUGGCAUCUUGCGAUAAAACAGCAAAAUGCUGGGACUUAGCUUCGAAUCAGAGCAUUCAAGUUGCACAACACGAUGCACCAAUUAAAACUUGCCACUGGAUCAAAGCAAGCACAUAUUCAUGCCUUAUGACAGGUUCCUGGGACAAAACACUAAGAUUUUGGGAUUUAAGAUGUCCUAAGCCAGCAAUGACUAUAAAUUUAAUUGAGAGAUGCUAUUGCGCAGAUGUUGACUAUCCAAUGGCUGUAGUAGGAACUGCAGGACGUGGAUUGAUAGUUUACCAAUUAGAAGGCAGUCCUAGGGAAUAUAAAACAGUAGAAUUAAGUCUGAAAUAUCAGUAUAGAUGUGUUGCUAUCUUUAGGGAUAAGAAAAAGGUUCCUACUGGUUUUGCAAUCGGUAGUACGGAGGGUCGUGUGGCAAUACAUCAUUUGAAUUUAAGCUCUAAAGAAAAUUUCACUUUCAAAUGUCAUAGGACAAAUGGGACUCCCAAUGGAUAUCAAGAUAUUUAUGCGGUGAAUGAUAUUGCAUUUCACCCUGUUCAUGGUACUGUUGCUACUGUUGGAGGAGAUGGCACAUUUGGAUUUUGGGAUAAAGAUGCAAGAACUAAACUAAAGUCUUCUGAACCUAUGGAACAACCAAUUACACGUUGUUGCUUUAAUCAUAAUGGGCAAAUAUUUGCAUAUGCAGUAUCUUAUGAUUGGUCAAAAGGUCAUGAAUAUUAUAAUCCGGCAAAGAAAAACUCCAUAUUCCUUAGACCAUGUUUUGAAGAACUAAAGCCUAAAGCCUCACCGUAAACCAGAGGAGCACCAUCUAAUUAACAAGUUUCUGAAUUCUGUGAUGCGUUUUUAAGAUACUAGGUUUUAUAAUUACAAUUACAGGUUAUACUGUUCUUAUUAAUAAAUUAUAACUUUCCUAUAUCUUUCA